AUGCCCAAGUCACAUGCGCUGGACACGAUACCUGCAAAUCCUGCCCAUCAGCCACACGGCAAUAUUCCGAAUACACCUCUUGCAAUAUCCACUAUAUCCUUCAUUCUAGGCGGUAUAUUCUCGCUGGGCUUAUUGACUUUCCUCGUCGGAGGUUUUGAGGCUUUCUGGUGGGCAACGUAUCAAUUGGGUUUCUUUGUGGCAGCAUGGGCCGCCUUCCAUUGGGGCGAAUUCGCUGUUACGGCAGGUUGGAAUAAGGACAAGUGUAGUGUCGAUUCAUUCCUGCUUGAUAACGGUGCCAUGUACCAUGUUGCCAAUGGUGUGGCUGUUCUCGAAUAUCUCGUCACUCUGUACUUGAAGCCUUCGCUAAAGAGCUACCCAUCAAUCAGCGCACUUGGCAUCCUCAUGGUCAUCGUUGGGCAAACAUUGCGUUCGACUGCUAUGAUUCACGCAUCCACGAACUUCUCCCAUUCUGUCGCUUUUCAAAGGCUAGAGACGCAUCAGCUUGUCACUGACGGUGUCUAUCGAUGGUUCAGACAUCCAUCCUAUGCAGGCUUCUUCUACUGGGCAUUAGGCACGCAGCUUUUGUUACUCAAUCCCGUCAGCUUUACUGGAUUCGCCGUUGUGCUGUGGAGAUUCUUUUAUUAUAGGACAAGGGCGGAAGAAAGAGCUCUAGUCAAAUUCUUUGGAGAUGCCUACGUGGAAUAUCGAAAGCGAGUCGGCACACGGAUACCCUUUAUACCAUAG